AUGCAGCUUUUGGAUACUGGAAAUCUUAUUCUCAGGGAUCAGGAAAAUUUAAUUUGGCAGAGUUUUGAUUAUCCUGGAGACACCUUUCUCUCAGGGAUGAGAAUUGGUGUUGACUUGAUAACAGGAAAAGACAGACAUUUGACUUCAUGGAAGAGCAAUGACGACCCUUCUGCCGGUCCAUAUGUCUUUCGGGUGGAUCCAAAUGGGUAUCCGCAAUUUUUUGUGAAGCUAGAUGUGAUUCCGGAGUCAAGGUACGGACCUUGGACCGGUGUUACAUUUAAUGGCAUGCGUAAUUUAGGCGAAAAUGCAAUAUUCACACACCAGUUUGUUGUCAGUGAGAACGAUAUAUACUAUGAAUAUGCACUUAUGACCAAAGCUUUUGUUUCCAUUCUGCGUUUGACUCCUGAUGGCAAAAUCGGUAACUGGAAUUGGGCCAAUCGCACGGAAAAUUGGACUUUCUACUCAGGUGCAAGAAUUGAUGAUGCAUGUACACCUUAUGCGAUCUGUGGUUCAUACGGAAGUUGUAACAUUAACUUUGACAAGAGUCAUAAUUGUAGUUGCCUGGAAGGUUUUGAACCACGGCCCUUUGAAGAACGGAGCCUAGCAGAUCGGUCAAGUGGAUGUCAACGGAUUAACCCAUUAGCUUGCUGGAAUCCAGAUGGUUUUCGUAAACUUUCAAGUGUAAAAUUCCCAGACACAAAUCAUUCGUGGUACAAUCUGAGCAUGACGCUAGGAGAAUGCGAAACAGCUUGCAUGAGGAAUUGCUCUUGUACGACGUAUGCUAAUUUAGAUAUUAGAAGAGGUGGAAGUGGAUGCUUGCUAUGGUUCGAUGAUCUAAUGGAUAUUCGGGAGUCUGAUGAAACUCAAGAGCUUUACAUAAGAAUGGCUGCCUCCGAUAUAUCAAGUAAGGCUUCUCUUCUCCAUCCCUCUUGUUAG